AGGUCUGCUCAAACCCACCGGGGGAAAAAAAAAAAAAAAAAAAGGAGAGCGUGGGGGAAAACAAAACGUGUAGGGGUAAGACAGAGGAGGGAGAGCAGACAAGGACGACAGUGUGGAGAAGUGGGGUAAAGAACAAGGGGGACGGGGGCGGGGGGGAAGGGACUUACAGAUGGAGCGCGGCGGGGGUGAGUGGGGUGGGUGUCCUGUACCUAAGAUGAAGGCUAAGGAUGUGCGGAGCGCUGGGACAAGUGAGGGAGCAGGGAUAUGUGCGGAAAAAGCGGCGAGGUGGGAUUCUUGAGGAAGAAUUGGGGGGUCGCUUUCAGUGUGAGGUCUGUGAGUGACUGGGGGCAGGGAAUUCGGGCCGUCACCUCCACUCAGACAGAGGCUGGGAGCGCAGCUCCCGGGAUGCAGCCACCCGCUGGCAAGCCGCGGAGGGGCGGGGAAAGAGCAUUCGACGCCUGCGAUUGGCCGCCGCUCCGACGGCCGCUGACGCGAGCGGGCGGGCCCCUUUGUGACGUCACAAUCAGCUGUUGAAGCGUUCGGAUUUGUGCCCUGAGCCCCGGCUGCAGCGGCCGCAGCAGCUCCGGGCGUCCGUUCGCGAGCCCCGCCGUCUCUCGGCCUGUCCCCGGUAUGCAGCUCCGGUUGUGAGCACCGGCGACCCGGGGACGCCCGGCCGCACAACUACCUCAGCGCAGCGGUUGCUGCAGCGGCCCCAGGUCUUUGAACUGCCAUAGGGCGCCCCCUUGAGGUUGCUUCACCCGCUGACCAUGUUCCAGCGCUUCACCAGCCUUUUCUUUAGCACCCCCGCACCUCCUGAAGACUCCAACUGUCCGGGGGCCUUUGUCUCUGAGGAGGAUGAAGUGGACGGCUGGCUCAUCAUUGACCUACAGGAGGGGCCCGGCCUUGGGCCUGCCCGCCUCCAGAGCAAUCCCCUGGAGGACCUCCUCAUUGAGCAUCCCAGCAUGUCCGUUUAUGUCACCGGCAGCACCAUAGUGCUGGAGUCUGGGCCACCUUCCCCUCACCCUGAAGCUGCCUUGCCUGAUCAGGACCUCAGCGAUGGAGAGCUGGCGCCUGCCCGCCGGGAGCCUAGGGCCCUGCACCACGCAGCUGCCCCUAUGCCGGCUCGAGCUGUGCUGCUGGAGAAGGCUGGCCAGGUGCGGAGGCUGCAGAGAGCCCGACAGCGCGCCGAGCGCCACACACUGAGUGCUAAAGUGUUGCAACGGCAGAAUCGCGCCCGGGAGAGCCGUUCGCGCCGGCCCAAGCACCAGGGCAGCUUCAUUUACCAGCCGUGCCAGCGCCAGUUCAACUACUGAGCGCCCCCGCUGCACCGCGAAUCCCUCGUCGUCUCUUGGUCCCUUCUGCCUCCUCUGUAGCAGCCAGUGUGCUGCUCAAGGGGUAUUCAGGGUCCGCCCGCCUCCAUCCGGAUACCACAACCUCCCUCCUUCCUAAGUUUUGAGGUGGGAUGAUGGCCCUCUACUUCCCUGUUUCUGAUCUAACUCACCUAUUAACCUCUCUCAUCCUCGUCCUCCCUCCCCAAGUGUCUGACUCACACUCCCCACGCCUCGUCUCCCAUGCUUCCUUUUCAGACCCCUAUUUCUGUCUCUCGCUCCUUCACUUUUUCCCUCUUAGCCCACCGGAUUUCUAAGAGCCUCUCACACCCUGACCUGGCGCAUUCUCCACUUUCAGCUCCUACUUUCCAAGACUUACUCUUCUCUGUUUGGGAUCGCUCCCACUCCUGUUCCUUUUUUUUUUUUCAUUCCUGGCAAUUCCCUCCCAAUCCUGCAGGUACAGCCUGCCAGGCCUGGGCCAUUGUCCUUACCCUGCAGUCAGGGAUCAGGCACGGUUUUGAUUUCAGCUUUCCCCUUUUCUCUGCCCUGGGGGCUGGGCUCCUUCUUGCUGCUUAGGCCUAGAAAGUUUAAGUAUGUGGAAGAGGACGGUGAGUUGUAAGUUAGAUAAGGUGAAGGGAAUGGAGGGAAAAAAGCAGCCUAUUGGGAGACUCAGGCAGGGGCAGAUGGGUUGAGAAGCAGAAGGGAGCAGGGCAUCUUGAGAGCUGGCAUUGUGCUUGGUCAGAGGAGCUAAGCCCUGGUCUUAGGCCUGAGCCUGGAGUCUGCCCCCAUUUCCUUUUCCUAUAAUCCUGCCUUCCAGGUUUUUUUCCUGAAGUCUGUCCCUCUUCAGGAGUAACCCCUACCCAUCCCCACCCCUGUGAGUCUGGAGUCCGAAGGGCUUGUACCUUGUCACCUUACCUUGACAUGCCACCCCAGGAGUAGAAGCUGGGUAAGGCCCCAAUAUCCUGGCCAUCUCUGUUCAUAUGCCCAAGGUGCUAGAAUUAGCUUAGGAGAGAUGCAGGCCAGAGGGUUUGCAGGCAGGGAGAAGGACACCUUACCCCAAGGCAAGAAUGCAGAGAGGCAUGAUGCUAAGGAGGAAUUAAUGAUGCUAAGGAGGGAUUAUGGGGUAAAGCCGUCCCCAGACUGACAGUCCCCUGCCUUCAUCUUGCCUCUGGCCUUAUAUUUCAUACUCUGUUCAAUAUGGCUGGGGAAUAAACACUCCUGGGUAGAGGAGGUCAGGAGCCUCAGUGUCCAGAUUCCCAAAUUUUUCUUACAGAGAUUCAGGGCCUUCAAGAGUCUUCUUAAUGUUCUCCCACAGGGCUCUUUCUUUGAGUGCCCUAUGAUCCCUCUUCCCUUUCUAGUUAAAUAUCAGGAGUAAGGAAUUUCUUGGUUAGGACACAGGGAUGGGGUAGCCAGCUUCUCCCUUCUUGUGGUGGGGCUCAGACACCAGCAACAGCCUCUUGGGAUGCCCCAAGUUGUCUCCAGUUCUUUCUAGCUGUCCUUUUUUAAGUGUGUGCUCUUCCUUCCUUAAAACCCCUAGAUUUCCUGUUACAUACUAACACAGGUCUUCCCUUUCACUCCAACCCCAGGUUUCAGGCCUCAGAGCCAUGCUGGGGUUGGAGAAAACUGCAUUCCUAUGAGGGUAAAAAGUAGCUGCCCUCUCUGACCCUUUCUUGCUAGGCUUCAUGCGGGAUGGGAGAGGGUAUCCCCAGGAUGGGGACAGAGGAAGCCUGGCUAGGGCCUUCUAGCCCAAUAAGCCAAACAGGAACUAUAAGCAGAUCAAAAUCCUACACUAGCUUAUUAGGGCCCUGUUAGUUGAAAACCUUGUUGCUGUCCCAAGUUCUUCAGUUACAACCGAGUACACUUACUCUUCCAACUGUCCUAAGGGUCACUACCCAGCCAGCUUUGGAUCUUCAGCACUUUUAAAAGCUGAAACUCCCUCUUGCCCUUCUUGUCUAUUCCUCACUGCCAGUUGGGGCCUAGGCUCAGUCCUGGGCAAAUGCCCAUGAUCCUGCUGCUGUGGGAAGUUUGAUAGGGCAUUUGGCUCAAAUUUCAAAAGGCCUCGCUCCUGACCUGAUUUCUCGAAGCUCCAGUAGUUCUAGACCCCUCCAAUCUCUCAUCUGACUGGUUGCAAGGCUUAUUUUUCUUUUGUACUUUCCUAUAGAGCAUUUCUGUAGCAUUUGAGUGUGGCGAUAUUUUUGUUGUGUGUAGAUUUCUAAGAACCAACACUACUCAGUCUCCUGCUAGUCUGACUCCUGAAGCAUCAGACCUCGUCAUACGGUAUUGACUGUGUAUGUGCCUUUCACCUUGAGCAUGCUUCAGGAUUUUUUUUCUUAAACCACAGAACUUGAAUACACAAGGGAACCAGAAUUCACAAAGUCCUAUGCAACCCUAGACAGGAGGAGGUUAGAGAGUCUGUCUUGAUUGGUGAUUUCAGAGACCCUAGAGAAAUUUGUACCAGUUUGUAUUAAUGUCAGUACUACCAGCACUUUGCCAAAACUAAGGAUGUCAGAGGGACCUGUUUCUAGAGUGAGUCCCAAUUACAUCAAAGGGCAACUUACAGCUUUCUCCAGUAAGUCUGAGUGGUUCUCUUGAGCUGGUGUCACUUUCUAACCUUUGCCAGUCUAGCCCAGCAGGGCCCUGUGUGUGUGAGUGCAGUUUGGUGCUGUUUUGGAGUAUGCCUGCUCCCCAGCCUGGAACCCUCUCAGCAACUUGCUGGGACCUAUAAUGUCUUAGGUGCAACAAGGACCCUACCAGAGCUCCUGGGUGGCUUUCAAGAUCCACGUAGCUUUGUGUGAGGGGACUGAAUGCAGACAAACCACAGCCUGCUUCAAAUACCUUCUUUCCCUACCACCUAGUUCCAAAUGGAACCAACAAGUUGAGUGCAUCUCUGUUGGGUGUUUUGUGUUGAGACUGGCUGAAGUGAAAACUCUUUGACUGACCAUGUUGUGAUGUGUCGACAGACUCAAGGACACAACCACCUCGACCUGGUCAUGUGGCAUGCCUGUGUAUGUGUGUAACAGGAUUCUGAAUGUUAGGUUGUAAUGCUAUUCCUGUAUGGGAGAAAAAAAUAAUAUAAACAAAUAAAAAUCUAUUUAAAGCACAUUAA